ACCUGAAUAUAUAAUAGUUGUGCUUGAUUUCCAGUUAAUGAGCUGAGUUCCAUACUCUUCUUAAAGCCAGUUGAAGUUUGGUGAUUAUUUUUAAGCUUUUUGAAAUCACGUUUGAAAUUAUGUACUAAAAUCUUAUCAUUUUCUCUUUAGGAUGAUUGGCAUCGUGAAAAAUAUAAAAUCAAUUUAACUUCCAUUUUGCAAGCCAUAAGAAUACAGAAGUAUUCUGGAGUCAUAGUGACUUGAUUUCCUAUAAUCAGAGUAUCGGGAUGACUACCAGAACAGUGGAAGACAUCGAACCUACCUGUGAGGAUAUGCAGUUGCCAGAUUUGGUAUUACUUAGUAGCAGUCAGAAUUCACAGCCCUUUGAUGCAAUAUCCAGUCAGGAUACUCAGUUUACAUCAGAUACAGUAGACUUGACGGAUGUGGAAGCUAUGGAGAUCGAUUGUGGACAAGAUUAUAGAAAUGAGGCAGAAAUCAGAAAGGCUGUAGCAAGCAUCGCAACUGAAUCUAAAGAGGACAGUCCAAUAUCUGAUGCCUUGACAGAUGAAAUCAACAGGCAUAUUUCACCGUCUCAUCAUCUUCCAGCGGAGCAGAGCUCUCCCCUCAGAAACAGCGCUAGUCCCUUGCAAACCUUAAGACCGUUAACUGCUGUUCUUCAGCCCUUCCAUCCACCUGGCUGUGAAUUCCCUAUGUCCAGUCAUAACCUCUGCCAGGUUUUAUAUCAACUGAAAGGUAAUACUCAAAUGUUGGUGAUAAAUAGUACAAACCCUGGACAACUGAAAGCAGUCCAUGUCCUUCCUCCGGGUCAGCUGAUGGAUAACAAGGGCCAGUGCAUUCACUUUAAUUCACUGGCAGGUUCAAUGGAAAACACCGCGAUACAUCCAGGUGAAGUGACGGGUUUCCUGGGUAAAGUGUUACCUAUGACAACACCUCAAACAACAGGCCUCAACAUGCAACAGCUACAACAAACACCUGGUGGACCAAUCACAGAAAAUGGCAACCUUAGCUCCGAGCCAAGUGUGCAUAUCCCUUCCACUAUAUCUCUAACAAGAUUGCCCAUAAUGACGACAGACUCAAGGUCUAAAAAGCCGUGUAAUUGCACCAAGUCCCUCUGCCUCAAACUGUACUGUGAUUGCUUUGCCAAUGGAGAAUUUUGCAGUAAUUGCAAUUGCACUAACUGUUUUAACAACUUUGAGCAUGAAGCAGAAAGGUUCAAAGCUAUUAAGGCCUGUUUAGAUCGGAACCCAGAGGCGUUCCGGCCAAAGAUAGGAAAAGGAAUGCUGGGAGAAAUCAAGUUACGACAUAACAAGGGCUGCAACUGCAAACGCUCAGGAUGCCUGAAAAAUUAUUGUGAAUGUUAUGAGGCAAAAAUAAUGUGCUCCUCUAUCUGCAAGUGUAUUGGAUGCAGAAAUUAUGAAGAGAGUCCUGAGAGAAGAACGCUGAUGAGUAUUCCAGAUCACAGUAACAUGAGCAUUUGUCAACCUAGAACCAAUCUCUUUCCGGAAAUGUUCAACUAUAGAAAGCAAGUGAAAAUGAAUAGGGAAAGGUACCCUUUUACCUUUGUCACUUGGGAUGUUAUUGAUGCAACUUGUGGCUGCCUCUUGGCCCAGGCAGAAGAGGCAGAAAAAGCUUACCAUUCCCUGUCAGUUGCCGAACAUAUGAUCCUGGAAGAAUUUGGGCGUUGCCUGGUGCAGAUUCUUCAUUUAGCUUGGAAAUCAAAAGAAAUGCAAUGUUUGUGA